AGCUCAUGAUGGUACAUGCACAAGAUCCGACUUUACUUGUCUUCUUCGAUCAGCCACCAACACUUGACACCAGUGGACUGACUGAGAUCACGUGUACCCGCCUUUCUUGCACGUGUCCCGGUCUUAUCUAUCAGGUGCCUGUCUGCGUGUGUAUCGAAGUUGACCAGGUCCAACCCCUCUUGCUCUUGAAGGACAAGAGGGCUGGGCGUGGUCAAUAACAGAAACACACACACAGGCCGACACACAUACGGAUGAAAGAGGAGAGUUGAGGAUACAGUCCCUAUAGUAGGCGGCCGGAUGAAGAGCCCGACGAAUACGAAGCAUCCACACGCUUUGUACACCCACCGACCCACGGCUGGCUCGUCAGUCUGUCUUUCUGUCAAGUACUAGCUAUACAUACAAACAAUGCACACGCUCUAGCGACGUACGAGUUACACAAGCCUAGCCUACUUACACCAUGCUGCCGAGCAGCAGGCUGGGCUCUCCUGCCCGUCGAGCAGCCACAUCCAUCGAGUAGCCACUAAUUUCUGCACUCAGAGAGCGAAUGGGGGAUAGUGUUGGCUGGCCUGGUCCUCUUGCGUAGGGAUGUCGCCCACAUCGAGCAGGCCCGACCCGCCGGCCCUCUGCCGCUCAGCCGACUGCCACGCAAGUGGCACGCUCCACCCUGGAGGCACACGCUCCUGAUGGAUGACACGGACACACACACAGACAAAUGAAUGGAUGGAUGGGCAACUCACUCCCGGAUUCUCUCCUAUUCUGCUCUGUGCUGACCUGGAUGUCGCCGAUCUUUGAGAGGAAGAGGUACGCGUCCGUUCCCCACCGAGGCAUCGACACGACCUGCAUCAAUGCACGUGCAAAUACACAGGAUACCAACUCGUCCAUUCCUCCCCCAAUCGUUUCCCUGUCUGUCUGUCUGUCUGACCUUGAGCGACCCGCCGAGGUACUGUGCAUAGAGCCUGGAGAGAGGGAGACCGCAGCCGAAGCCGGCCAAUGGUGAGAUGGAUGGCUUGGACGCAUCGGGGGAGCUGCCAGGACGCAAACCUAAGGACGCGACACAGAGAGGCAUGGACCAGUCAGUCAGUCAGUGUUGGUGAGGGCAUCUAUCUGCCCUGACCGUUUCUUUGCGAUCGGUCGAGAUAGCCAAAGGGGCCCGUGUGGGGGGCGUGGGGCAUGUCUGAACGGUACGGACAAAGGAGAAAGGAAACGGCAACAUCAGUCUCUGCGCUUUGGCUUGGUGUGUCUUCCUUCUCCAAUUAAUGUUGGUUUACUUACUUUUGACUUGCGAGUCUUGUUCAUUGGACGGCUCUCCGAUAGGCUUUGCUGUCGUGUACAAGUAGGACCUGAUCAACACACACCACAGACAAUUAAGGCGUGUAGCAGGGUGGGUGCCUUGCGUGCCACCCUCCCUACCCUCUGCUCACCAUAUCUUCGAUUCGGCCUCCCGUGCGAUGCCUCCUCCCUCAUCGGCUAUCUGCAGUCAAGCCGCACAUUAUAAUGCAAUCGUUUAUCUCUCUCUCCCCUCCGCUGAUCCAUCCCUUUCACCUUGAUGGCCACUUGGUGGUUGUCGCCGCUGAGUAUGACCUGCACCGGCGGCAGCUCCACCUCAGCACCAGUGUCGACACGGAUCGAAUGGGACCCCUGACACACUCGCUGACCCCCACCGCUCCCGCCACCACCAAAUGCAGGCAACGACGUGGCCGUCACCGUCGCGGGCGCCAUCGUCCCCGGCCCUCCAGAUGACCUGCCGUCGCUGCUGCCGUACCCAUCCGCUGGCUGAGACGUCUCGUUGCGACACGUGUAGGGCCGCGAUGGCUGGGGAGAGGAUGGGAACGUCCGCUGUGUGCCCUCCGGCGAUUCGUCGUCGAGUGAUAUGGUGACGGGAUAGACGAGCGAGGGGUGGUCAGGUGGGUGUUGGUGGAGGGGGCCGUACGGGCUGGUGGGAUUGCCUGAGAAGGGGGCGGAGGGCGGCUGGGGAACGUCGGGAGCGAAGGACACCAGGUGCAGCUCGUUGUCGAUGGGAAGCACGGCGUGGUGGUUGUCCGACUGCUGGGCCUUCUCGACCACCGCUCGCAUCGAAU